AUGUCCAAGUACUGGCCGCUUCUUCUCUUACCCACCAGCAGAUUCUUCCAGGGCAGUGUCGGCUUGUCGAAACAACCGCUACAUAUCCUAAAAGAGCAUCAUCCCGCUCCAGACGACUGGACGAGGAUAGGCCAAGCUGACCCAGACUACCAUUUCCCGCUGCACAUUGGCGUCAAACACGGCAACUUUGCCGGUCUGGAGAAGCGCCUUUUCGAAAUCUCAGACCCUUUGCAUCAUAGCUAUGGGACGCAUCUGUCGGCCGAGCAGGUAGAUGCUUUUAUCGCGCCGACGGAUGAAGCACUAGCAAAGCUUCAUGCUUGGCUGGGAGCUCACGGCAUUGGUCGUCAUCAGCUGCAAUACAGCCCGGCAAAGGAUUGGGUUAGCAUACCGAAUAUGACAGUCUCAGUGGCAGAAUCACUACUCAAGGCGAAUUAUCACUUGUACCGCCGUGAUGGGUCAGAUGUCAUUCGGUCAGAGCAGUGGUCUCUGCCGGCUGAUGUACACGACAUCAUCGAUACAAUACAUCCUACGAAUGCCUUUUUCAGUAUUCGCGGCAGGGACUCCAAUGAGACAAACCAUCUAAAGCGGCCCACAGAGUCUCUGAAUGACUAUGCAAAAGAUGUUCCAGAUGGCCUCGCGAUUUUAAACGGAAUCGACAUCGCCAACCCUCCCCUGGAUAUAACCCCAGAACAAGCUUGCAACACCACCGCAAUCACACCGCUGUGCUUGCGCGUCCUCUACGGCACUCUGAAUUACACAGCGCAAGCGACCGAGAAAAACAAAAUGGCGCUGUGCAAUUUCGCUGGCGAAUUCAACAACCGGACAGACGCCAGACAAUUCCUCCAGACCUACCGCCCCGACGCCGCCGCCGCAGCUGAUACCUUUGGCAUCACCGAGAUUGCCGGCGGCGUGAACCGCCAGUCACCGUCGACGCAGGAGCAGCUCGAUAACGGCCAUGGCAAAGAAGGCGGUCUAGAUGCGCAGGUUCUCUUGGGCAUGGGCCAUCCGACACCUCUGAUGACGUACACGGUCGGGGGUCCUCUGCCCGCGUUCGCGCCCGACCCGUCGGCGCCGGUCAACGACAACGAGCCGUUCUUGCGGCUCAUCACCUGGCUGCUGGCGCAGCGCGACAACAACAACCUGCCCGCCGUGCUGAGCAUCUCGUACGCCGACACCGAGUACACGGUGCCGCCGUCGUAUGCGCGGCGCGUGUGCCAGGGCUUUGCGCAGCUCGGCGCGCGCGGCGUCAGCGUGCUCUUUGGCUCGGGCGACUGGGGCGUCGGCAAGCCCGCGCAGUGCCACGACCGAGCCAUCAUCAGCGGCCAUCCUCGUCAGCGUACACGCUUUGCGGCGCGCUUUCCGGAUAGCUGCCCGUACGUGACCUCGGUGGCGGCGACUAGGGGCGUGAGCCCGCAGGUGGUUGGGUACAAUGAAAAGAACCAUUUUGUGAGCGGCGGCGGGUUCAGCGAGUACUUUGCGCGGCCAAAGUACCAGGAUGCAGCGGUCGCGCGGUACCUGGAGAAGCUGGGCGGCCGGCACGGGGGCCUCUAUAACGCAAAAGGCAGGGCGUAUCCUGAUGUGGCGGCCAUGGGGUACCGGAUCGUGACGAUUUGGAACGGCAAGACAAAGGUGGUGGACGGGACGAGCGCGUCGGCGCCCAUUUUCGCGGGCAUUGUGGCGUUGCUCAACGACGCUCGACUAGCACGAGGAAAGCCAGCGCUUGGCUUUUUGAAUCCGUGGAUCUACUCGACAGCUUCGCGGGGGGGCGGCUUCAUGGAUGUUGUCCAUGGGAGCACGUUUGGCUGCAAUACGACGGGAUUCCCGGCAAUGGAAGGCUGGGACAUGGCCAGCGGGUUUGGCACGCCGGUGAGUUAA